AUGGAUGAUUUAAGUUGGGAAAGAAACACUUCGUCGUUUCCAUGGAGUCAUCACCAUCAUCAUCAAGAAAUCGAAGAAAGCUUCAUUUUUGAUUCAGAAAAUAUCUUCUUGAGCCCGAUCCAAAACCUUCAAGAUCAAACUGAUUCAUCCAUAAGAGCUGCCGGCGCCGGUGGACAUCAAAUGGGUUCUCAUCAGUUAGCUCCGGCGAUGGCGACGGCAAUGUUGGAUUCCGUGAAUGUAUCUGGCGGUAGUCAAUAUUGGUCUCAAAGGUUGGAUGUCAAUGGCUUCCAAGAGGGUAAAAAUGUAAUUCCCACCACCACCGCCACCGUCAUCUCUCUUGAAUCACUGGAUUGCUUACUCUCAGCCACGAAUAGCACCGGCGAUACGUCGGAGAAUCAUGACAAUGGGAUUUCUAUCAUUUUCUCAGAUUACAAGAACUUAUGUAACAACAUUGUUGUCACAAAUAAUAAUUUUAGCGGCGAUUCAUCCGGCGAUUCCGUCACAAAAGAAACCACCGGCGACGACGGCAUUGUUUCCAAAUGCUCAUCGGAAAAAACUCCGACGACGAAAAGAACCAACAAUACUACAAACGGGUUUCACGACGACAACGUUAACCCACCAAAACCAAAGAGACCCAGAUCAGAUCCAACUCGACCCACUUCAUCAAACAUAAAUUUCCGGCAAGCUUCGUCGGAAUCGGAGGAACCCGACUCCGAAGCAAUUGCCCAGAUGAAGGAAAUGAUCUACAGAGCGGCAGCUUUCCGACCAGUGAGCUUCGCCGAUGAGGAAGUGGUGGAGAAGCCAAGAAGGAAGAACGUGAGGAUAUCUAACGAUCCACAGACGGUGGCGGCACGGCAGAGACGAGAAAGAAUCAGUGAAAAAAUUAGGGUUUUGCAGAAACUUGUUCCCGGCGGAAACAAGAUGGAUACAGCUUCCAUGCUCGACGAAGCUGCAAAUUAUCUGAAAUUCUUGAGAUCACAAGUGAAAGCAUUAGAACAGGUGGGAUGUGGUACAACCACUAAUGCAAGAAGUACAACUCAAAUCAUUGAAACCAAUGUGAACCCAAAUUAUGUAACAGUAGGUGUACCUUUCAACCAUAACCCAUUUCCCAUGCAAACCCAUUUUUUACUUCCCCAUCACCAUCAUCAUCAUCAAAAUCUUUACUGUAAUACACCUCCAGCAUAAGAAGACUUGUACUUGAUGCAUUAGAAGUUGUACUAAAACCAGUAGGGCAAAAGUUACUGUGUGAAUCUUGGCCCAAGCAAGCAAGCUAACCCCAAGAAGAAGAAGAUGAUGAUAUGGUGAUGAUUAGUUCAUUAUGGAUG